AUGGAAGGCAUCUUUCGUCUGCCGGCGAGUGCCUUUGCCGUACCAUUCGCGGAUGCUGCGUACGAUUACGUGGUCGUUGGUGGGGGCACAUCCGGCCUAGCCAUAGCCGCACGCCUCGCCAAGACCGCCUCCGUCGCGGUAGUCGAGGCCGGCGGCAUCUACCAAAUCGAUAACGGAAACCAGAGCGUGGUCCCGGCCUACGCCUUCACGCAAGGCUUCACGAGCGCGGAUCCACUACGCCCAGGGAAAACGCUGGGCGGGAGCUCCGUCAUCAACAACAUGGCCUACCACAGGGCCACCGUCGGGUACCACGACAAGUGGGCCGAGCUCGUGGGCGACGAGAGCUACGGCUUCAACGAAGUCCUGCCCUACUUCAAGCAGAGCACGCACCAUAACCUCCCCGAUAACGCCAAGAGGGCCAUGCCCAACGCCACCGUGACCUAUAACGCCUGCGUGUUCGGCGACGGCCCCAUCGAGAUCUCCUACUCCAAUCACGUCGACCCCCGCUCACAUGGUCAGUGCAGUGGCCAUCUCGCCGGCUACGGCGCGUGGAACGUGGCCACGAUGACAGCCGACGCCAAGAGAUCCUCCGGGCAAGAUUACCUCGUUCAUGCCAUCAAGACCACGAACCUAAUGGCGUACCCCCACACCCAAGUCACCAAGAUUCUCUUCGAUGCCGGCCGCGCUACCGGUGUCACCGUCAAGACAGCGGGUAUUGACUACACCAUUUCCGCGAACAAGGAAGUAAUUGUAUCGGCUGGAGCCUUUCACACUCCGCAGCUGCUCAUGGUUUCCGGUGUCGGCCCCAGCGAAACCCUCGAGGCCCUCGACAUCCCCGUCGUGGCCGAUCUUCCCGGCGUCGGCCAGAAUCUCCAGGACCAAAUCUUCUUCGACGUCAUGUACGGAAUCAGCGUGUCCACCAGCUCGCUCUCCACCUUUAGCUUCGAGGGCGCCGAGAUCGCCAGGCGCCACGACAGCAUGUUUGACCAGCCUAUCAUCGACCUUGGCUGGCUCUCCGACCCCGCCGACGCCGAGGUCGCCGUCGCCAUCUUCAAGCGAGCCCGUGCCGCGUGGGAGACCUCUUCACUCGGCAGCAUCAAGGCCACCCCGGAGCUCGUGCCGGGCGCCGCUGUGUCUACGGACGAAGACAUUCUCAACUACAUCAAGGGCGGUGCUAGGCCUAUUUGGCACGCUAGCGGAACGUGCAAGAUGGGCAAGGCCGACGACGAACUGGCCGUCGUUGAUUCCAAGGCCAGGGUAUACGGUGUCGAGGGUUUGAGGGUCGUGGAUGCGUCCGUCCUACCCAUCAUCAUGCCCGGGCACCCCAUGGGAACCCUUUACAUGCUUGCCGAGAAAAUUGCUGCGGAAAUUCAAGCCGAGGCUUAA